AUGGCUGCAGAGAGCCCCCAGGAGCAAGGGGGGGACCUGUGGCCAGGGGACAAUGAGGGGCUACAGAGCGACGAGGAGGCUGGCACUGGCGCGGAAGUGCUGGAGGAGGCCCGGGACUGGGGCACAUUGGCAGGGCUGGUGUGGCAGGGCAGAGAGCUCGGCCUCCUCAACGAGCUGUGGUUAGGAGAUGUGCGGGAUGCACAGCCAUGGACUAUCUUCACAUCCUACCAACUGGAGGAGCUGGAAAAGGCCUUCAAUGAGGCCCACUAUCCUGACGUGUAUGCUAGAGAGAUGUUGGCCAUGAAAACAGAGUUGCCAGAAGACAGGAUACAGGUCUGGUUCCAGAACCGCCGGGCCAAGUGGCGGAAGAGGGAGAAGUGCUGGGGCAGGAGCAGCGUGAUGGCAGAGUACGGCCUCUAUGGUGCCAUGGUGCGUCACUCCAUCCCACUGCCCGAGUCCAUCCUCAAGUCUGCCAAGGAUGGCAUCAUGGAGUCCUGCGCCCCUUGGCUCCUGGGGAUGCACAAAAAAUCUCUGGAGGCAGCGGCUGAGGCAGGAAGGAAGACAGAAGUGGAACGUCAGGCCCUGCCCAAGCUUGACAAGAGUGACAAGGAAGAGAGGGGCCCAGAUCCCAAAACCACCAUUUCCCAGGAAGAACUGAGAGAAAACAGCAUUGCUGCCCUCAGGGCCAAAGCUCAGGAGCACAGCACCAAAGUCCUGGGGACCAUCGCUGGGGACCCCCCGGCCCUGGGCAGGAAGCCAGAGAAAGGGGAGGAGGCUGCGGUAGAGGAUGAGAGACAGAUGGAGAAGUCGAACUCAUCACAAAAGGAGGAGAAGCUGAUCUAGAGGGGAAGAGAUGAUGAAAACCAGCCCCAAAAGACACUGUCUCCUC